AUGGCGGAGUUUACCAAAUGUCGUUAUCAGGGUAGUUGCGUUAUGAACAUUGACCGGAGACGCUUAUGCUCCUUUUGCCGGCUCAACAAAUGCAAUGAAAUGGGAAUGAGAAAGGAUUGGAUCUGGAAUGAGCAAGCUAAGAAGACACGUAAACUAAAAAUUGAAUUUAAUAAAAUCAAACGCGACCUCGAGGACUGUUGUACGGGCACAGAAGUAGCUGUGGUAACGUCAACAACGCCCGACUCGUUAACCAACACCAUUUACACAAUGAGUGCGGCACCCAAUAUGUGCAGUGUUGUUGACUAUAUACUACACUGCGAGCAAAAUCUCAACAAUAUAUUCGCCAAUAUCUAUGUCAGAGCCGUUGAAUUGGAGCUAACGGUGAUUCCCAUCGCAACGCCCGGCACUAAAACCGGCGACAAUUUUAACCAACUCGAGUUGUGUCGAUUGAACGAGCUGUUUAGUGUGACAAAACCGGCCGCCACCACCAUGAUCAAUUCCGUUUGCUUACCAUGGCCAAUUGUCACUCCGCAGACUAUGGCCGACUCACAUCAGGCGAUGGACAGCAACUUGGAGAACGAGAUUAAGUACGUGGUCAAGUUGUUUAAAAAGCUGGUCAAGUUUAGUCAAGUAAACGAUCUGGAUCGAAUCAAACUUAUUAAGCACAGCUCCAUUCAGAUACACUGCCUGAGAGCUGUCACCAAUUAUAAUGUCGAUGACGAGUGUUUUUAUUUAAGAAUGGAUAAUGAUAAUAUGAUUGCCAAGAUUAAACUAGAUACAAUGCGACACAGCACAGGCACAUAUUCACGAUUUAGAGAAUUCCUUAAAAAACUCAAAUAUGAAAUAGACCAUGAUGCUAAUAUAAUUGACUUGUUAACCGCAAUUGUUUUAUUCAACCCUGAUUACCCUGAUCUUGAAAACUCCAAACCAAUUAUGUAG